AUGAGCAAACAACCGAAAGAAGAAGGAGACCUGUACACAGUCAUCGACUCUAUUAGCACUAUCGAGUGCGGAAAAGAAGCGGCUCAGCACUUCUACUUCGACGAUGGCUGGAGAAAUUUGAAUCAUGGCUCGUACGGAACAUUGCCUCGAGAAGUUGGAGCCGUUGCACGAUACUUCCACGAACAAAGCGAACGAAGACCGGACUGGUUUAUUCGCUACGAGUCUCGUCUUCGCAACGACGAAGCCCGCGCUGCAAUUGCUCAGUUGAUCAACGCACCUGUGGACAGCGUCGUAUUUGUCCCAAACGCAACGACAGAGUUAACACUAUUCCUCAUUUAUCAACCAGGCGACGUCAUUAUCCACUUCUCCAGUGUGUUCGACAGUUGCCACAAGACCAUCGAGUAUCUCGUCGAGACUACGCCCGUUCAGGCGCACGGCAUUCGCUGCGACUACCCCAUCACUGAUGCCGACCUCGUUGCACGAUUCGAAGAAGCGAUCCAAUCCAUUCGUGCUUCUGGCAAAAGUCCUAAACUCGCCAUAUUCGACACUGUCGUCUCCCUGCCGGGCGUACGUGUGCCCUUCGAGAUUCUUACUGGCCUUUGCCGGCGACAUGGCAUCUUUAGCGUCCUCGACGCUGCCCACAGCGUUGGCCAUAUCUCCCUUGAUCUUACGACUCUUGAUCCAGACUUCUUCGUCUUGAACUGCCACAAGUGGCUCUUCGCUCGCCGUGGCUGUGCCGUUAUGUACGUGGCGGCACGCAACCAUCCUCUUAUGCGUUCCAGCCUGCCCACCAGCAACGGUUUCGUGCCGCAAACAUCCAAAAUCGCCAAACCAACCACGGGCUCCGCCAAUGCCAACUUCAUCACACUGUUCGAGUUCGUUGGCACCAUCGACAAGUCCCCGUAUCUCGCAGUACCUGCCGCGUUGAAAUGGCGGAGCAAAGUCGUCUUUAAACACCUCAAAGGCGAAGACGCAGUCCGCGCAUACUGCUUCUCACUCGCCCGAGAGGGCGGUGACCGCGUUGCUAGCAUUCUCGAUACCGAAGUUUUGGACAACGAACAGGGUACGCUAAGGCAGUGCGCGUUCGCCAACUCGCGCAGUAAGCUUCACGAACCCCUUUUUUUCAGACCUCUGACGCUGGUGCGGGAGUACAAUACGUUCAUGCCGAUAUUCAUGUAUGUAGGCGAGAUGUGGGUGCGACUGAGCGCGCAGAUCUACCUCACCAUAGAGGAUUUCGAGUGGGCCGGAAGAGCGCUUCGGGAAGUCAGUGAGAGGCAUACGAUUCGACCAUGGCACCCAAGCAAGUCGUGA